AUGGCCCACCAAAUGGCCAGAGCCUUUCGGCAGGAAGGCUUCAACCGUGGAAUCGGUGUCAUUUUCGAAAAUGAUGGUGUUCUUCGACACAUUCACGCUGCCCUUGUUGGCCAGCCCAAUGAUGAGCCCCCCAAGAGCGUCAAUACAACUCAGAAGAAAGUUGCCGCAUUGCUCGUCCAUUUAUUCCAAAUUUUAUUAGAGCGUGGCCACCUUUUCAAAGCACUUCGUGACAACGAACUCUUCUGGGACACUAUUGCACCCGAGUGGCCUCUCUCCCAGGAUCUUUCUGCACAGUACUUGCAGGCCAUCUCGAAGGUCUACGUCAAUGGCCGAAAGGCAUUCAUCAGCGAUCCUAGAAACAUGAAGAGUACCCCCAAUGCAAAAGGAUCGCUCAAAGAGGCCCUUGAUGCAUGGGUUCCUAUUUAUGACGAAGUCAUCGCCAUGGGACCAAUACAGAGCAUCACUCUCCCGAUCCUUCUCCCUGCAGCUGAGCAUCUUGCCACAGACCUCAACAGUCUCAAGCUAGCUAACGGCCCAGUCUACUGCUUUCCAUCAUACCUCAAUGCACGAGAGUAUGCUUGGAUUUCUGACCCCUUCGUUAAGUGGGAGCUCGAGCAUUGUCUCCCGAAGAUUCCCUACAUGCCAGGACACAAAUCCAAGGUUCCGGCCUUACCAGAUAACGUCGCAAUCCCGCAGUUCAGCCAACUGUUCCUAUGCUAUUCUGAGCUAGCAAGAUUAGACCCGCCUACCUCUUCAUUCACCGUCUUCAUGGCACCCAUUGGAUUCCGAGACUCCAAGGAGAAGGCUAACUGGUUCCACGCCACUGGCUCCUACUCCAAGAGGCACGCCACGAUAGACGAGUUCUUCGAUUAUGCAGUCCACAUGAUCCAAGAGGGCGGCAAGUCAAUCGUCAUUGGUAUGGUGACUUAUUGGAUGAACGAGCAGUGGGAGUAUCUAGACUUCUAUGAUUCAGAGAAAAAGUUCCCGGAGCAGACUCGAGCUCAGUAUUGGAAUGACAAUUGCAUCCGCUACGGCAUUGGUCUGGCUGUACGUAAGAACCCAGAUGGUAAGGGUGGACUGCAGCUCAUCAUGCACGACACCACCUUCCACCAGAUCACCGCAAUGUUCCGUGACAUCAUCGAUCAACCGGGCGGCAUAGGCGACGAGUCGCUCGACGAGCAGCUCAAGCACAUGCAGGACUGGCGCGCCGCAAUCGCCAAGUCGGCUUACGAGAGAAUGAAUGACCGUGGUGUUGAGCUCUGGUAUGGUGGAAUGGCGCCCAACUUGCUUUCCAAGAUUGUGGGCAUCGAGCUCAACCCCAAAGACUCGGUCAACAUGACUUGUGCCUGGGUUUGGGACACGGUCAAUGGGUACUUCCCAGACCCAGCUGCCAACGAUCCCGAUUUGGAACUGAUGGUCUGGGGAUUCCAGAGGGAGGUUAUCCACGAUGACAAGAUGGCCAUCAUCGAAACCUUCUGUAAGAAGGUCAAGGAGGAGAAGGCCUACAUGAAGUACCCGAAGGACAUCAUGGCGGCCGAUGCCAAGGAUGACGAGGAAGAGGAAGAGGCAGAGGACGAUGAGUACGAUUGUGAUCGUGCCUCUGACGAGAACUAUAUCGAGUAG